AUGGCGACUGUAUACAUAAGUCGGCCCUCGAGCGGCGACUGGGAAAGGGAUCUCAAUAUCACCCUCCAAAGCCAAGAAAACCUGGAACGCUUAUGGCAAACAAUCCAGUCCGUCAGGUUGGGAACCAUUACACCCUCCUCUGCAGCCAUGACCUGCUUCACCUGGCUCACUGACAUAAUCAACGGCCGCUGUCCGCCAUUCUAUCCCGAGGCCGAGGCUGAAGCUGCAGCCUGGCGGCCCCAGCCCGGUGACACUCCUGGCAUGCGAGUAUUCCACGAGCACCUCUGCGGGUUCUUGUGGACGAACUCAGGUCUUUCUGAUGACGAGCGGCAGGACCUUUUGCUAGAGUUUAUGGUGGAAUAUUGGAGGCUACUGCGGACAAAGAAGUGGAUCUAUAGGGGGGAAACAAUGGAGCUUCUGUCGCUGGGGAGGGAGGAACACUCUCAUGGCCCUCAUCAUUGGCCGCAUACAGACGGGCGGUUGAACGCCCCAAGACCUGAAGGGAUUCCAUGUCGCCUAUAUCGGGAUCGCCAAAAAGACCGCUUUCAAGCGUUGAUCGGGAAGCACAUGGGCUUCAGUUGGGUGAAACAGAGUAUGAGUAUGUAUAACGGCAUAUUUGAGCCAUUUAACGCAUCCGGCCCUCGUUUCAAAGAGCAGUUUAAAACUAUGGUCAUCACUUUCGAGAUCUUUGGGAGAGAGUUGUAUACCUCACCGUGCGUCCUUCCGAGGACGCGGGGGAACUAUGAAGAUCGGGAUACUGGAAUUUUUAUUACGGAAUUUGAGUAUAUUGGGAGUGGUGUGGGGGAGUAUAGGAAGAGGUGGCCAGAGUGGAUAGCGAGGGGGCAGGUUUUGAUGGCGGAUGAGAGUUACAGUAAAGAGUUCAAGGAGGUGGUGAGAAGGGUGGUGGAGGUUAUGAAGAAUAUAGAGGAGACUGUAAAGAAGGAGGAGGAUAAGCAACGUGCUGUUGAGGUCGAGGCCAAGGCCGGUGCGAAUGCAGGUUGA